AUGCCAGCUACUAAUGACACAACUGAUUUACCAUCAGAAACUAGCAUUGCUUUAGCAUUUUUAAUGAGCUUACUAGCUUUUGCUAUAAUGGUAGGAAAUGCUGUGGUAAUUUUAGCUUUUGUGGUGGACAAAAACCUUAGACAUCGGAGUAAUUACUUUUUCCUUAACUUGGCCAUUUCUGACUUCUUUGUUGGUGUGAUCUCCAUUCCUUUGUACAUCCUUCACAGGCUGUUCGACUGGAAGUUUGAAGAUAACAUCUGUGCAUUUUGGCUCACUAUUGACUAUCUUUUGUGCACAACAUCUGUGUAUAACAUUGCCCUACUCAUCAGCUUUGAUCAAUACCAGUCAGUCUCAAAUGUUGUAUCUUACAGAGCUCAACACACUGGGAUCUUGCAGAUUGUGGUUCUGAUUGUGGCUGUCUGGGUAGUGGCCUUCUUAGUGCAUGGGCCAAUAAUUCUAGUUUCAGAGGCCUGGAAGAAUGGGAAGGGGGAUUGUGAACCUGGAUUCUUUACAGAAUGGUAUAUCCUUGCCCUCAUGGUACUCUUGGAAUUCAUGAUCCCAGUCUUGUUAAUGGCUUAUUUCAACAUGUAUAUUUACUGGAGCCUAUGGAAGUGUGGUAAUCUCAGUAGGUGGCACUCUAGAUUCACUUCUGUCUCUUCCAGUAGCUAUGGAUGCUCAUUCAGGAGUGGACUGUUUUCAAGGACAUCUUUUUCUAACCCAGAGGAAGCAGCAGCAUCCCUUCGUUCCAAGAAACCAAGAAGAAAGAGCAGGGUCGUUUUCCUUAAUAGCCCAACCAAUAGUGUAACUGCUUCCAAAAUGGGCUCCCUCUCCCAUUCAGAUUCCCGGGUUCUUCAACAAAGGGAACAUCUUGAGCUGUGCAGAGGCAGGAAAUUAGCCAAGUCACUGGCCAUUCUCUUAGGUGUUUUUGCCACUUGCUGGGCUCCCUACUCUCUGUUCACAAUUAUUCAUUCAAUAUCCCCCACAGAUCUCAGUCUGUCAGCAACAGCUGUGUAUGAGUUCACAUUUUGGCUUCAGAGGUUCAAUUCCUUUGACAAUCCUUUUUUGUAUUCGCUGUGUCACAAGCGUUUUCAAAAGGCUUUCUUGAAAAUAUUUUGUGUGAAAAAGCAGUCCAUACCAUCACACAAUCGGUCAACGUCCUCUUAA